AUGGGGAUCAAUGGGCUGUGGGAUGAGGUUAGGAAAAAGACCUCGGCCAGACAAGUGGACCUUGCUGUUCUCAGUGCUAGAAACAUGAGACAGCAUGGCCGACCGCUGCGAGUGGCUAUUGAUGUUUCGAUUGACGUGUACAAAUACUUGAAUGCUACACAGCGUGCAAGGGGUGCGGGUGGCAUGAACCAUCCAACCCGCACCUUCUUCUAUCAUGUCCUCCAUUACAUGAUGGCCGGUGUCCAACCAAUCUUCAUCUUCGACGGGCCUCAAAGACCACCGACGAAGCGAGACAAAUAUGUUUCUCGCCAGAUCCCUUCAAUUGCUCCGCUCCCUCCCAAAGCUGCGACAUCGCUCCGGAGCUCGGAUGACAUUCAGAGAGAAUUCGAAUACGGACAUCUUGUCGACCUCUAUCACCAGGUAUUGGACUUGUUGGGAGUCCCUUCGUUGAAAGCCCCCGGGGAAGCUGAAGCAGAGUGUGCCGCUCUAGAAAAGGCUGGCAUUGUUGAUGCAAUUUGCACCAAGGAUGGUGAUGCCUUGGCCUUCGGCGCGGUUCGAGUGUUCCUACCUUGCAACAAAGCAGUCCGAAAAGGCAGAACGGUUUUGCCUGUACAGGUCUUCGAGACGAGUUCGCCCUCUAGCGGAAGCGAAAUGUUAUCCAAGGAAGACUUGGUGCUGCUCGCCGUUAUGGCGGGGGGCGAUUAUGACCAUGGAAUCCCAAACUGUGGGCCGGAUCUCGCAAUGGCUGCCGCAAAAGCAGGAUACGGGAAGUCUUUGAACGCCAUUGCAAACUCGGGACAGUUUGUCGCUGCAAAGCUCCAAGCUUGGAGAAACAAGCUCAAGACUGAUCUCCAGAAGGGCACGUUUGGCAGCAGGCACCGCGCUGUAGCCGAUAGGAUCCCAAACGAUUUCCCUAAGAUGAAGAUUCUGGAUCUCUAUCUCCGUCCAUCGGUGUCGUCGGGAGAACAUCUCCAGCAGCUCAAGGAGAAAAUCUUGUGGAAUCAACCGAUCGACAUCACAAGGCUGCAUGAUUUUACCAAAGCACACUUCGACUGGAAAGGUCGUCACUUCGCCCGAAAGUUUAUCAAUGCACUUUGCUCGCCCCUCCUCUCGCGUGCCUUGUUACGUCACUUAGAGGCUGGGGAAGAUGCAACGGGAAUGUUUACUCAGAUUAAACAGAGUAAAGAUGCAGCCACCAAUGAGUCUCCUGAUGAGCUUCGGCUUGAGUUCAUACCGUCAGAUAUUGUCAGCAUCGACUGGCAGGCCGAGCCCAGGAAGAUUGGUUAUGACACUCAAUUUGACGCAAAGGAGCGCUACAAUCCUGGUGAGCCAUUCAGAGACUGGUUUCCGGCAUUUCUUAUCGAGCAUGGGGCACCCAUGCAGUAUGCCUCGUGGGCAGAAUCUCCUGCCAGGGAAGAGAGCACGGCGAAGACGCGGAAGGAUGAUCCCAAACCCCUUGCACCCUCGCCCAAGAGUCUCGAACUUCCAUCGACCAAGAAGAGAUGUGGGCGUCCUCGCAAGUUUCCCAACGAGCCAAUCUCAGAAGCCAUGGACAGCGCGCAGCCUGCGCCGAAGAGAAAACGUGGACGUCCACCAAAACACUCGACAACGAAGACUACAGAGUUUAGCAGCUCAGUUACUACGCACGAGUUCACUGUGGAUGGUUUCUUCAAGCAAAACUCGAUUGCAUCGGCCCCCAGGAAGAAACUGAGGCUUCUACCACCUAUAAGUGAUGAAGGCUUCAUCGGAUUUGGGGAUGAGGAGAAGACUGGCGGGAGCCAUGAAGCUGGAACGUCCUCGUCGCUUUCCAUGCAUCGCCAAUCUUGUGACACUCAACCACCUGCAUUUAUCGAAGUAGAUGAGGACGAUGAUGUGGUGGUUCUGAGCUCCCGCUCUGUAGGCAAAGCUCCCAAUGAUGCGGUUCAUCCAUACUUGGGCGGUUGCAUCGAAGACAACCCUACAGCACGGGAAGAUAGCUCUUCUUCUAGGAUCGCCAUGAUACCGAAGAACCGUCUGGAGAAGACUGCACCACUCCCCAGGAGCGCCGUCGUUGAUUCAACACCAAGGCACCGUCGGAAAGAAAGAGCAUUGAAUAACAGCCAGUUCAUCACAUGA